UUAUUUUGACUACAUGAUGACUACAUUUCCCUUAUGCGUACAAUCCUUUCGUCACUGUUCUUUUCUGAAAACUCGCUUGAGGGUGGUCAUACUAUGUAGGUUGUUGUUAUAAUCAUCGGUUUAGUUGAUGCGGGUAGAUAAUUCAUCGCUGCCAAACUAGUGUUGUUUAAAUCGGCGAUAAUAUCUGUUGAUAUUGCAAAUUAUCCGUCAUGUUUUCCCAAGUGCCAAACAAGAUGGAAGAGGUCAUCGAAACAAUUGUUACGGAGAGUAUUGAAGUCGAGGAGAGCACGACCACGCUUCCCACUUUGGAGCCCGAGAAAUCGAAAGGAGAGUUUGUGUGGACUCUCCAAGCUACAUGGCAGCUUGUUAACACUCGCCUGGAAAUGGACCAGGAAUUCGACCAGCCUGUGUGCAAGAAGAAGAAGCUUUGGGAAACGGUUGCUGAGAGGGUCACUGCUAAGCUUCAGUCUACUGGGAACCUGGACGUGGCCGUGAAAGCCUAUGAGUGUGACCUGAAGUGGAGAAACAUGCUGGCCACAUACCGCAAAAACACAGAGCGUGCCAAGCGCCUCGGGGUGCAGAGCGUCCACUGGGAAUUCUUCAGGGCCAUGCACAAUGUGCUGGGCAAGAGCCGGGAGGAGAUUGAGGCCCAGCGCAAGGCAAAGCUGAAUGGCACCAAACUGGGCAAGGCUAUUGCCAGCAAACGGUUCACCCCCAUUCUGCCCAUCCCUUCAAUAACAGCAGCCCCUGCAAUAACAGCUGCCACAUCCAUCACAGCCACCCCCAUGCCCCCUCAGCAAACUCAGGAUGUGCUACAUCUCUACCUGGAGCUACAGGAGAGGAAGAUGAAUAUGUGGGCGCAGCAAAAGGCACUGGAGGAGAGAAAGAUUGAAGCCAUUAACAACCUGGCACGUGCCAUCUCCAGCUUGGCACAGGAUAACAGUGUGCAGCUGCCCAAAGAGUAACGAAAGAGUGUCUACUAGUGAACCAGGCAAGGACCCAGUGCAUUAACUUUCAUUAACUCUGGGACAAUUUAGUUCUAAGUUCUGUUUUAAUGGAUUCAGGAGGAUUUUUUUUUUUAUCAGAAAUAUUAUCAAAAAUGAACAAAUACAGGCUAGUGUUUUCAUGAUAAGUCAUGAGUAUAACCAAGAAUGAGGUGCCUACUUUGCCAGGGACCAGGAGAUCAGGGAUUGCUCUCUUGCAGCCAACACUUGUUCUUUUUAGUACAUCCUCUGCAUCAACUCCAGCUAAAAGUAAAAGGACUGACCUCCACGCCCCUGACAAUAUCAUACUGUACUGGAAAGGGAGUGAUCUUGUGUGUGUGUGUGUGUGUGUGUUUGAGGGGGGGGGGGGGGGAGUCAAAAGCUACAAGGCAUUAUUUGGAUUAAGGGGGAAGUAACAGUGAGCGAGAGACCAAAAAUAUGGUCAGUCUGAUAAGCUUUAUUUUUCAGGUUAUGCUGUUUCUCGGGUUAAUGACCUCAUAACAUGUAGUUGUGUAAUAACUGUUCUAAAACAGAUUAAUAAUGAAAUCGUAAAUACUCUGUCACAUAUUUGUGCACAGGAUUUUGCAAGUACACUAAAUAACUUGGAUUUAGUUAAUAUCCCAGUGUUCCCUCCUGACAGACAUUCUUGUUGGUGGUUUUCAAAAGGUUUUCAUGGGUCAGUCUUGUAAAUAUGAUGUGCAUAUUUAUCAGUGACCUCAUUGUUCAGCAAACAAUUAUAUUUGUAAAUAAGAACUAAGUCUGCGUUAUACUUUUAAUAAAUAAUUCAAUAUAU